UGAAGUCCGCAUCGAUUGUACGACUGCUAGUGUAUUAAGUAAAUAUUGUUGUGACGUCAACGAAGAACACUAACAUAUUGUUUUCAAGAUCAUUUUAGCUGCGUAUUUCACCUAUUAAACUCAGAGGAAACCAAAAUUUCUCUAAAAGGUAAACUUUUCGUUGAAAACAAGCUGAGGAACUGCGACACGAAACAAAAAUUUUGGAACUGAUACAAAUUAUUUACCAAGUAAAAUUUUCCGCCCAAAUUUUCAUGGUGAAAAAUUCCAGGCGUUUAAAAUUCAUCAGGAAUUUCAAGGAAACCAAGAAAACCAUCAAAUUCAGAACUAUGGGCAAUAUAGGAGUUAAAGAUUCCACCAAUGUCUUAGACGACAAAAACUCUGCCAUUGCAGAAAAUAAUUCGAUUGCGCCACGCACAGCGAAACCGAAACAAGCGUGUCAACUGUGUUCGCGGGUGGUCGAAGAUUGUAAACGAUAUUACGGCUUGCUACCGGGCUGCGAACAUGUGUUUUGCUACAUCUGCAUCACAAGGUGGAAGAACAGAGGCAUCAUGGGAAAAAACUGCCCAGUAUGCAAUCGCGUCAUCAUGAGUAUUGUGGGGACGCCGGUAUAUUUCUACCACAACUCCAUCGAAAAACAAAAUUUUCUACUUAGUCACCUUCGUAAAUCGAAUGGCCACAUGAAAAAGCUGCCGAACGGUCUCACUGUUGAGCAAUACAUCAAGUUUGUCGUGUGUCCCGUUAAAGGAGCCCACGACUUCAGCGGAACUGACUUCGAGCUCUACAAACCUCAGCAGUCACCUUAUUAAAUAUAUAAUUUCAUU